AUGGCGUCUUUUUCAGCUUCCGCUGCCAAACGCACACCUUAUCCAGUCGACACGUCUGUGGGCCCCAUGCUACGCUAUCAGAAAUCUCUUCCCCGGCUUCCCGUCCCUCCACUUUCGCCGACUCUCGACAAAUAUUUGCAAUCCAUUAAACCACUAUGUACGCCAGAAGAAUAUGCAAAAACCGAAGCAGUAGUGAACGACUUUCGCAAACCAGGCGGUAUGGGCGAGGUGCUUCACAAGAGAUUACUAGACAAGGCUAACACUCCUGGAGUAGUAAAUUGGUUGGAAGAUUGGUGGAAUGAAGUGGCAUACUUUGGUUACCGUGAUCCUGUAGUUGUCUAUGUGAGUUAUUUUUAUUCGUAUAAAGACGAUCCAAAGCGAAAGGACCCUGCUAAGAGAGCGGCUGCUAUUGCUACGGCUGCAAUGGAGUUUAGAAAGCUGGUUAACACCCAACAACUAGAACCAGAAUACGCCAAAAACCUUCCUCUCUGUAUGGACAGCUACAAAUGGAUGUUCAACGCAUGCCGAUAUCCCGCGAAACCUUCCGAUUACGAGAAGGCUUUUGAUCCGGAUAAGAACAACCAUAUUGUUGUGAUCAGGAACAACAAGUUUUUUAUCAUUGAUCUCGUUGUAGAUGGACAGCAGUUGUCUACCGCUGAAAUUGAGAGCCAGAUCCAAAAGGUCUAUACCCAAGCCGGCUACUCUAAAGAUCCCCCAAUUGGUGCAUUGACGACCGAGAACCGUGAUAACUGGACGGAUUAUCGAUCACUGCUUCUUUCUAUAGAUCCUAAACACGCGGCAAAUUUGGAAAAAAUUGAAAGUUCAGCAUUUGCCAUAUGUUUAGAUGAUUCGACACCGGUCACGAGAGAUGAACUAAGUCACGCGUGCUGGGUAGGAGAUGGAAGAAACAGGUUCUUCGAUAAAAGUUUACAAUUCAUUGUGUUCGAUAAUGGAAAGGCCGGUUUUAAUGGAGAGCACUCCUCGAUGGACGGCACCCCAACCUGUCGACUAAACGAUUACGUCUGCUCUGUCCUCUUUAAUGACAAAAUCUCUCACGGCUCUCCGACAGUUCGCCCAAACCUUCCCACUCCAAGCCAACUUCACUUUACGUUCACGCCCGCUUUAGUUACAGCUAUACGUUCUGCUGAAAGUAAUUUCGAUAAACUAGUCUCCGAGCACGACCUUCGCGUUUGCUCGUACGAAGAGUAUGGGAAGAACACGAUUAAGAAAUUGAAAUUGUCUCCGGAUGCAUAUGCUCAGAUGGUGAUACAACUUGCGUAUUAUAAGAUGCAUGGGACAGUUAGGGCGACCUAUGAAAGCGCUCAGACAAGAAAGUUUCAGCAUGGAAGGACAGAAGUGUGCCGAACCACAUCAGUAGAUUCGCUUAAGUGGGUUAAGGCUAUGGAGAAUCCAGACGUGCCGAUCGAAGAAAAGGCAGCCUUGGGUCGUAAGGCAAUUGCGGCACACGUGAAGUAUAUGUCCGAAGCUGUUGAAGGAUUUGGAUGUGAUCGGCUAUUAUUUGGUCUUCGCAUGUUACUGAAACCCGAUGAACCCAAACCAUCAAUCUUCACGGAUCCCACCUACGCUAGGUCUACUCACUGGAACCUUUCUACCUCGCAACUUUCUUCCGAAUACUUUGUUGGCUAUGGAUGGGGAGAAGUCGUGCCCGAUGGUUACGGAAUUGCAUACAUGAUUAAUAACAAUUGGAUGAAUUUCAAUAUCGUGAGUAAACAUUUAAAGAACGAUCACAUGUGGCACUACCUGAGAGAAUCGGCGAAAGAAAUGAGGGAGGUGUUUGAAUAUGCAUUGGCUAAGGAAGGAAAGGUUGACGCUAAGCUGUAA